UGCGGUGCUUUCACAGGUAAAAAAGAUGUUCCUCCCUCAGCAGUCACCAGGCCUAUAUGUGGCAUCAUGGGAACCAUUCGCUUGGUAGCAGGAAUGUACCUGAUUGUUAUCACCAGGAAGAGGAAUGUGGGCAGCCUCCUGGGCCACGCUGUGUGGAAGGCUGUGGAUUUUGAUGUCAUCUCUUAUAAGAAGACAGUGCUGCAUCUCUCAGAGAUCCAGUCUCAGGAGAAUAAGACUUUCCUGUCCAUGAUUAACAAUGUGCUGACUACAGACGGCUUCUACUUCUGCACUCACUACGACCUGACACACACUCUGCAGCGGCUGGCCAACACUAGCCCCGACUUCCAGGAGAUGAGUCUGCUGGAGAGGGCAGAUCAGCGGUUUGUGUGGAAUGGAAAUCUCCUGAGAGAUCUAGCUGCACAGCCAGAGCUUCAUAAGUUUGCACUUCCUGUUGUCCAUGGAUUCAUCGUCAUGAAGCCGUGUCGUAUCAAUGGGAAAAUCUUUGAGUGGAUCCUCAUAUCCAGGAGAAGCUGCUUCCGUGCCGGUGUCAGAUACUACGUUAGAGGCAUCGACUCUGAAGGCCAUGCUGCUAACUUUGUGGAGACUGAGCAGAUAGUUUUGUAUGAGGGAGCAAAGGCUUCAUUUAUUCAGACACGAGGCUCCAUGCCCUUUUACUGGAGUCAGAGGCCCAACCUGAAAUACAAACCUAAACCUAUAAUCAGCAAAACCACCAAUCACAUGGAUGGUUUCCAGAGGCAUUUCGACUCUCAGCUCCUCAUCUAUGGGAAGCAAACUAUUCUCAACCUGGUGAAUCAGAAGGGCUCAGAGAAGCCACUAGAACAGGCCUUUGCCAAAAUGGUUUCUGGGAUGAACAAUGGUAUGCUCAAUUACAUAGCCUUCGACUUCCACAAGGAGUGCAGCCACAUGAGAUGGGACCGUCUCCAGAUCUUAGUGGAUGCUGUCGCUGAGACACAAGAUGAAUACAGUUACUUCAUGAUGAACUCAGAGGGGAAGACAGUGGCUCAGCAGAGAGGAGUCUUCCGCAGUAACUGCAUGGACUGCCUGGACAGGACCAACGUCAUCCAGAGCCUGCUGGCCCGACGCUCCCUACAGUCUCAGCUUCAGAGGAUGGGGGUUCUGAAUGUGGGUCAGCGGAUUGAAGAGCAGGCUGAGUUUGAGAAAAUCUACAAGAACGCAUGGGCUGACAAUGCCAAUGCAUGCGCUGUACAGUACGCAGGAACUGGAGCCUUGAAAACAGACUUCACAAGGACGGGGAAGAGGACCAGGUGGGGGCUUCUGAUGGAUGGCUGGAACUCCAUGAUCCGCUACUACAAAAACAACUUCUCUGAUGGGUUCAGACAGGAUUCCAUUGACCUGUUUCUGGGUAACUUUGCUGUCGAUGAGUCAGAUGGACCCACUCCUCUUCGAGUGCAGAAGGACUGGAAAUUCCUUACGCUGCCCAUCAUUAUGCUGGUGGCAUUUUCCAUGUGCAUCGUCUGUCUCCUCAUGGCUGGCGACACGUGGACAGAGACCCUGGCUUAUGUGAUGUUCUGGGGGGCUGCUAGUGCGAUUACAGCCACUAUCAUCCUGUUUAAUGGCCAAGACUUUGUGGACGCCCCCAAACUGGUUCACAAGGAGAAGAUGGACUGAGUGUGCGUGUGUGUGGGUGUAUGUGAGGAUUAGCUGCACCCAGCAGGCUCAUAUACCUCGUCAUCCUCACCAUCUUCUUCCCCAGGUCUGCACUCUACACAGAUCAGCUGCCUGCCCUCUGCCGCCUUUGGACAUAUUUGACCUUCUUCAGUUGUAAUGCACACACUCCUUCACAUGGUUUCCAUUUCUUUCCUACUUUCCUCAUACUGUAUCUUUAGGUUAGUUUUGCUUAUAUGUUGGUUUUGUUGGUGUUAUGUUGUCAGUUACACCGAGGGUCUGUGUUGUCUCAGUAUUCUAUCCACAACAAAUUAAAUUUCUAUACAAUAGCACUACUGUUACUACUGUUCUUAUCUCUUUAACAUUCUUAGAAUUAAUUUCUCUUUCAUAAAAAAUGUUACAACAA